ACAACAAAAAGAAUGAGUGCUUCUUUGGUAAACACUCCGCAGGGUCCAUUAACCUUUAAGGAUGUGGCUGUGGACUUCUCACUGGAGGAAUGGGAAUGUCUCGAUUUUGCUCAGAGGGCAUUGUACAUGGAUGUGAUGUUGGAGAAUUACAACAAUCUAUUGUUUGUGGAAAAUCAUUGCAUAUGUGGAAUGUAUGGGAAGGUCUUGGAUCAAGACACACUGUAUAUUGUUCAUGAGCCUGUGAAUAUCCAAGAAAAGUCUUCUAAAUGCAAUGACCUUGGCGAUAUGAUUCAUGAAUCUACCCAAAGUACAUCUCAUAAAACUAACCCUAGAGAUGCAUCUCCUCAAUUCUCAAACCUAAAAAUACCUAAAACUGAGAACACUGAAGAAGUUUUCAAGUAUAAAGAAUGUGCAAAUGGUUUAAAUGUGUGUUCAGUCAUUAGUUUCAAUCAAGGAAUCCACAUAGGAAAGAAUGAACCCAAUAGAAAUACAGAAUCUGCUAAGGUUUUUCUCUAUAAACAAAACAAUAGUGGAGGGAAUUCUCACAAAUGUAGUGAACUUGACAAAUGCUUUAUCCAGAGAGACAAUCUUCAAAGUCAGCAGAGCAUUUAUUCAGGAAAGAAACCUCAAAAAUGUAGUGACUGUGACAAAUGCUUUACUCAAAAAAGCCAUCUAAGACAUCUUAGUAUUCAUCAGCGAAUUCAUAAUGGAGAGAAACCUUAUAAAUAUAGUGAGUGUGACAAAUGCUUUACUCAUAAAUGCAGUCUGAGAAUUCAUCAGAGAAUUCAUACAGGAGAAAAACCUUACAAAUGUAGUGAAUGUGACAAACGCUUUAGUCAAAAAAGCCAUCUAAGACAGCAUCAGAUUCGAAUUCAUACUGGAGAGAAACCUUAUAAGUGUAGUGAAUGUGACAAAUGCUUUACUCAAAAAGGCAGUCUGAAAAUUCAUCAGAGAAUUCAUACAGGAGAGAAACCUUACAAAUGUAGUGAGUGUGACAAAUGCUUUACUCAAAAAAGCAGUCUGAAAAUUCAUCAGAGAAUUCAUACAGGAGAGAAACCUUACAAAUGUAGUGAAUGUGACAAAUCGUUUAUUCAAAAAUGCAAACUGAAAAUUCAUCAGAGAAUUCAUACAGGAGAGAAACCUUACAAAUGCUGUGAAUGUGACAAAUGCUUUGCCCAAAAGUCCAAUCUUAAUAGUCAUCAGCGAAUUCAUACUGGAGAGAAACCUUAUAAGUGUAGUGAAUGUGACAAAUGCUUUACUGAAAAAGGCAGUCUGAGAAUUCAUCAGAGAAUUCAUACAGGAGAAAAACCUUACAAAUGUAGUGAAUGUGACAAACGCUUUACUCAAAAAAGCCAUCUAAGACAGCAUCAGAUUGUUCAUAAAGGAAAGAAACCUUACAAAUGCUGUGAAUGUGACAAAUCCUUUGCCCUAAAAUCCAGUCUUAGUAUUCAUCAGCGAAUUCAUACUGGAGAGAAACCUUAUAAGUGUAGUGAAUGUGACAAAUGCUUUACUGAAAAAGGCAGUCUGAAAAUUCAUCAGAGAAUUCAUACAGGAGAGAAACCUUACAAAUGUAGUGAAUGUGACAAAUCGUUUAUUCAAAAAGGCAAACUGAAAAUUCAUCAGAGAAUUCAUACAGGAGAGAAACCUUACAAAUGCUCUAAAUGUGACCAAUCCUUUGCCCAAAAGUCCAAUCUUAAUAGUCAUCAGCGAAUUCAUACUGGAGAGAAACCUUAUAAGUGUAGAGAAUGUGACAAAUGCUUUACUGAAAAAGGCAGUCUGGAAAUUCAUCAGAGAAUUCAUACUGGAGAGAAACCUUACAAAUGUAGAGAGUGUGACAAAUGCUUUACUCAAAAAGGCAAACUGAAAAUUCAUCAGAGAAUUCAUACAGGAGAGAAACCUUACAAAUGUAGUGAAUGUGACAAAUGCUUUACCGGACAAUCCCAUCUUAGUAUUCAUCAGAGAAUUCAUACAGGAAAGAACCUUACAGAUGUAGUGAAUGUGACAAAUGCUUUACUGACAAAUUCAGUCUGA